UCGUGACGAAGCAUGCCGUGGCCUCGUGCUGCUUCGAAUAACAAUUUGGCGCUAAAACGGACGUAUCUGAUUGGACAGUUUGGAGAGAAUUACAUUUGGACCAAUCAGAGGAGGGGACUUGAGUCAUGUUUGAUUGGCUUCGCGGGAACCGGCUUCAUUCACGUAAUGUUUUGGUUCUAAAAGUCGUGUGUUCUUUCGAUACGGUUUUAGCAUUCAUUCAAACCCCGGUCACAUUUCUCGUGUACAACUUGGUAGUUAUCCAUUUUACGAUCAACUAUUCUUUCAAUGGAUUCCAAUGAAGACGUUCUUGGUAACGGUUUUCCAGAGGAGAAGAAAAUGAUUCCCGAUGACGAGGGAUCAUCUUCGAGCUCCGGUUCUACCGACUCGGAAAGAGGAAAAAUCACCCUGAAAAAGAACAUUACUAUGGUCAAUGGUAUUGGAAUCAUAGCCGGCACAGUUAUCGGUUCGGGGAUCUUCAUUUCCCCAACUGGAAUCCAAAAAGAAGCCGGUUCAAUCGGCCUGGCUUUGCUCAUUUGGCUGGGUUGUGGGAUAUUGGCGAUGUUGGGAUGUCUUUGUUACGCCGAGCUUGGCGCUUUAGUCACUAAAUCUGGGGCCGAAUACGCUUAUCUUAUGGAGGCAUUUGGCAGAAUUCCUGCAUAUCUAUUCGCCUGGACGUCCAUUCUCAUUAUCCGCCCGGCCUCUGGGGCUAUAAUCGCGCUUAUUUUCGGCGAAUAUGUGGCCAAACCUUUCUUCCCCGAUUGCCCACCGCCUCCCGAAGUUGUGAAAAUUCUAGCGUGUGUUUGUCUCGUUGUUGUUACUGGCGUCAACUGCUGGAGUGUCAAGUGGGCCACACGUGUACAGGAUGUUUUUACCUAUGCCAAGCUGCUUUGUAUCGCCAUGCUGACAAUCACUGGCAUCGUGGAGCUAUGUCGUGGUAAGACAGAACACUUUCAAAAUGGGUUCAGUGGCUCAACAACUAAUAUUGGACAAAUCGGCCUUGCUUUCUACAUUGGUCUCUGGGCUUUUGAUGGAUGGAACAAUCUCAACUACUGCACUGAGGAAAUGAAACACCCUGAAAGGGAUAUGCCUCGUGCUAUUAUCAUUGGUAUCUCCCUCAUAACUGUUUGCUAUCUGUUGAUUAAUGUUGCAUACAUCACUGUGCUUGGAGCGUCUGGUAUCUUGGAGUCUGAGGCUGUUGCCGUGAGUGUGGGUAACAUGUAUCUGGGACCAGUCAAGUGGAUUGUCCCUCUGUUCGUAGCUGCAUCUACCUUUGGCGCGGUAAACGGCAUGGUCUUGACUAAUGGAAGGUUGUUGUAUGUUGCGGCACGCGACAACCUCAUGCCUUCGCUGCUAGCCAUGAUCCACGUCAAACGGUUUACGCCACUUCCAUCACUUCUCUUCACUACUCUUGUCUCAGUCAUCAUGUUGAUCCCAGAAACAAGCAGUUUUACAACUCUUGUGGACUUCUUCAGCUUCGCUGCAUGGCUUUUCUAUGGUGGGACUUUCCUGUCUCUUCUUUGGCUGCGGUAUAAGCGUCCAAAUCAACACAGACCUUACAGGGUGUGGGUUGUGGUGCCCAUCAUUAUGUCUAUCUCUUCCAUCUACCUAAUCGUCGCCCCUAUCACUGGAGACCCAUUUGGCUCCCUCAUAGCUCUGGCUGUCAUCGCUGCUGGACUACCCUUCUAUUUCUUGUUUGUGUACAGCAAUCUUACCCCAAAAUGGUUCCUCCGCAUGGUUGAUUCCUUCACUGAAUGGAACAUGAAGGUUAUGGACCUUGCUAUGACGGACCCUGAAGAGGUACCUGUACCCUUCUAAAUAAGCAGACCUUUCAUCUUGGUAAACAUGGCCAAAGAGAAUAUGGAGGAAUAGUGGUUUCUGUAUACUGUGAGAGGAUUAAGCAAUAAUAUUUUCAUAAUGUCAUAUGAUAUCAGACAUUAGGAAAUAGUUUUGCAGUGAACAGUAUAGUCUAUGAACAGGACUGUAAACGUGGAUAUUUUCAUGCGACAUAUUUGUGCUUGAUUUUUAUAGAGCUAAAAUUGAACAUAAAACAAUAAGAAGAUAAAAUAAAUAAUGUGCAAUACAUUAAAUAUUAUAUCAACAUUUACAGUAGUACCUAAACUGAAGUAUUAUAGCCGUAUUGCCACCAGUUUACUUCCGGUAAACUUUCGAUUACGUAACAAUCUCUGAUGGUUUUUUAACAGAAAACGCGAAAAAUAUUUCAAAAUUGUGAACGCAGUGUGUCUAUUCGAAGUUUCUUUGAGGAUGUGAUUGAUAAUUUAGAGCGGAUGGCCUGUUAAACACCACGGAUUCUAAUAGAUUCUAUUGUCUUUUAACGGUUGAGGUUUCCGUUGGACCUCUGGAAGUAGACUGGUGACAAUGCGGCUUUAAGAUGUUCAGGUUUAGCUACAGCUUAGAGCAAACUAUAGUACACAUCUAUAGUACUUGGUGAUGUGAAAGUGAGGUGUUUAAUCCCUUCGUUUUUUCGUUUACCGCGAAGCCGAGACCAAAUUGUUUUUACAUUUUCUUAUAAAAAGUAUACAAUAUUAUUUAUCUUAAGUAUGUAACUUAUGUAAUCAAUUUUAUUUACAGGGUAGAAUAGGAAGUAUAUUUGCAAAACUAAGUUCAACACACCUAAUUCUUUUUUUUUUUUUUUCGAUUGAAGAUUUUGCGAUCUAGAAUAACCAACUUAAGUAUAUUUUGAAAGGAUGUUUCCAUCUAGAUCGCGAAAUAACGAAAAAAGCUAAAAGCUAAAAUGUGUAGUUCCGGAAAAUACCCAUACCCCCCUUCUCCCCCCCCCCCCCACCCCCACCCCCCCCAUGGAGGGGAUUAAAACUUGCGGGGAGGGAGGGGGGUUCAGACGCCCAGAAAUUUUAACAGUUGCUAGAUUUAUUUAUUUUUUUCCAGGGGUUUGGAAAUUCCAGAGGGGUGAGAGGUCAUACCUCCAACCGCCUCCAGGGGGAGGGGGGGGGGGAGGGUAUGUAUAUUUUCUUGAACUACACAAUUAGAAUAUAAGUUAAAAUAUCGGUUACUAUUCAGCUUUAGUCGUAAUAAUAAAGAUUUUUGAAGUUGCGUA